AUGUUCCCAGACAAGUCCGUAGAGAUUGAGCAGGGUUCCAAGUACAAAGCUUCCGGACUGGCCGAUGUGACGGUCGCGACGUACCAGACGCUUAAUCGGAGCCAGCAGAGGCUCGACAAGUUUGAUCCGGACGACUUCAAGGCGGUGGUUGUGGACGAGGCGCAUCAUGCUGCUGCUCCUUCGUAUCUCAAAGUGCUUUCGCAUUUCGAUACACAGAUUGGAACAAGUCCGGAAGAGCUUCAAGAUAGCAGCAUCGCAAGGGUCCCCGUCAUCGGCUUCUCGGCCACGUUCAGCAGGCACGACGGGUUGGCGCUGGGAAAGGUGUUUGAUCGCAUCGUGUUCCACAAGGACUUCCUCGAAAUGAUCGGCGAGAAAUGGCUUUGUCCCAUCCGCUUCACCUCGAUCAAGGCCGACAUCGAUCUUGCCUCGGUCAAGAUCUCGAACCUCAACUCGGACUUUGCCACCUCCUCCCUAGCCGCCGUCGUCAACACAGAAGUGGUCAACAAGAUCAUCCUCAAAGCUUGGAUUGACCGUGCGCACACGCGUCGCCGCUCCACUCUGAUCUUCGCCGUCAACAUCCAGCACGUCCAGGACCUCACACACACUUUCCGCACAGCAGGCAUCGACGCACGGUAUCUGCAUGGUGGCACACCCAUGCCCGAACGCAGACAGCUGUUGGACGACUUCCGCAACGGCGUCUACCCCGUGCUUGUCAACUGUGCCAUCCUCACCGAGGGCGCCGAUGUGCCUGCGAUCGACUGUGUGUUGCUGGCGAGACCGACGCGGUCGAGGAACUUGUUCUCGCAGAUGAUCGGGCGCGGGUUGCGAUUGUCGCCGAAGACGGGCAAGAAAGAUUGCCUGGUGCUCGACAUUGUUGGGGACAUCGAGAAGGGUGUCGUGUGCACACCGACGCUGUUUGGUCUUGAUGCGGAGGAUAUCAUCGAAGACGAAUCCGCCGAAGGCUUGUUGGAAAGAGCGCACGAGGCCGAGCAGUUCAAUUCCUUGACAGACGAGAAGGGGAGCCAAGACCCAUUCGAAGUCUCGCUCGCAGAUCCGACCAAGAUCACCUACAUCGACUACGACGAUCCAUAUCAGCUGCAACAAGCCAUGCUAUCGCGCUCCACUGUCGUCGAGACCAUGUCUCCCAACGCAUGGGUCGACUGCGGCGGCCAGACGUACAUCCUCGAUGUACCGCGCUACGGCUUUGUCACUGUCGAGCGCAACUCUGAACCAGCUCCCGAUCAAGCCGGAGCUCAGGAAAACCCUGAAUGGACUGCAUGGUUCACGCCUUCCAACGCGGACGCGGACGAAGCAGCCGCAGCGUCUGGUCGAGCUGUCCCGUCAGCAGGCUCACGCGGUCGCACCAGGUGGGCCGGUGGCGGAUCACCCUACCGCCGACCGCGCCACGUUCUGUAUGCACCAUCGCUCGAACAAGCUGUGCGCGGCUCGGACGUCUACGUCCAAAAACAUGUCCUCCGCAACUCGCCACAGCUGUUUGCGAUGCUCAACCGUCGAGCGCCCUGGCGGGCUACUCGCGCAACCGACUCGCAACGCAGGCUGGUCGAGAAACGUCUUGGCCUGUCCAAACCCACCUCCGCCACUGCCGAGCCACCCGCAGAGGCAAAAGAAAAGGGGAAAAGAAACCCGCUGACUUCGGCUUCGGAGCUGACAAAGGGUCAGGCCUCGGUGAUUUUGACGAGGCUGAUGCAUGGCGCAAAGGGCAGGUGGAAGGAGAGGGUGAAGAAGUCCAACAAGGUCUGGAGACAGGGCGAGAAGGAGAAGGCGAGGAUGCAGAGGGAGACCGUUCGGGUUGGACCGCUGGCUGCGAGCUAG